AUAAAGGGGUUAAUCCGCAGAGCACAGAGCCAUCUGGCUGAGCUGGUUUGUUAUAAUCGAGCAGAUUAUGUUCACGGGACUCAGAGUUUAAGGCUCCUCUCCCAUAGAGCAACUCUGCACAGCCCAAGCAGACCAACUUUGGGACUUUGAAUGACCAGAUUUAUAUCCACCUUUCUCUUCAUGUCGACUUUUCUGGAAACAUUCACACGGAUGCCAUGGUUACUCCUACCACGAUCUUACAGGUGAACAAGGUGAUGUCCAUCUUGUUUUAUGUGAUAUUUCUCGCUUAUCUUUGCGGCAUCCAGUCUGCCAACAUGGACCAGAGGAGCUUGCCAGAAGAGUCGCUCAAUUCUCUUAUCAUUAAACUCAUCCAGGCGGACAUUUUGAAGAACAAGCUUUCCAAGCAGAUGGUGGACAUUAAGGAAAGCUACCCAACCGCGGCGCCCAGAGCGGACAGCCAGCAGGAGACGGAUGGGGAGGAAAAUGUGAAAUCAGACUUCCAGCCAGUUAUCUCAGUGGACACAGACCUCUUAAGGCAGCAGAGACGCUACAACUCGCCCCGUGUCCUCCUGAGCGGCAACACCCCCCUGGAACCCCCGCCGCUGUACCUCACCGAGGAUUACAUCGGGAACUCCGUGGUGGUGAACAGAACCUCCCGGCGGAAACGGUACGCGGAGCACAAGAGCCACCGAGGGGAAUAUUCCGUUUGUGACAGUGAGAGCUUGUGGGUGACGGACAAAUCGUCUGCCAUCGACAUCAGAGGACACCAGGUGACUGUGCUGGGAGAGAUUAAAACGGGCAGCUCGCCGGUGAAGCAGUACUUUUACGAGACGAGGUGCAAAGAGGCCAAGCCCGUGAAAAACGGCUGCCGGGGCAUCGACGACAAGCACUGGAACUCCCAAUGCAAGACCUCCCAGACUUACGUCCGAGCACUGACUUCUGAAAACAACAAACUGGUAGGCUGGCGAUGGAUAAGGAUAGACACCUCCUGCGUCUGCGCCUUGUCCAGGAAAACAGGGAGAACAUAGACCUGCAUCUCUUUGACAUAUAUAAGUUAUUACUUUAAAUUAUAUGAUAUGCAUGUAGCAUAUAAAAAUGUUUAUAUUGUUUUAUAUAUUAUAAGUUGACCUUAUUUAUUAAACUUCAGCAAAUCUACAGUAUAUAAGCUUUCUCUCUCGGUAAACAAGA